AUGCCGUGGAUUGGGGUGGCGUUGCGAGGAGAAGAGGGGAUUACGGUCAGAAUCCGGAUGGGGAAGCAAGAAAUGAACACGGGUGUUGCAUCUGAUGCAGUCAAUGCCCGGCACCUCCCUUGUCAAGUAGGAAUGGCAGGGAGAGAGGGAGGACCUGGCACUGAUAAGGAUGCAGGAUUCUUGCCAGGAAAACAGGAAAUGUUACCCCCUACA